CCAAGGGGAAGGCCUGGACCGCUGGGCGCUGGGCGCGGACGCGGGCCCCGGGGGCGCGGGCCGAGCGGCAGGUGCGCGGCGCGGACUACAAGUCCCAGCAUGCCCAGCUACCCUGACCCGGCCCCCGCUGCCACUUAAAAGCUUCGGGAGCCGCAGCCGUCGGGUCGCCGCGGCUUUCGCUUUGCAGCCGCGGCUGGGCGGGCGGGAGCGGCGGGCUUGGCAGCCGGCAGUCCUAGCGUCCGGGCUCCGGCUGCGCCGAAGGGCGCUCUUCGUCCGGUCCUCCCCGCGCGCGGAAUCCCUCCCGAGGCGCCCGCGCCCCCGGGUUCCCCGCCUCGCCCACCCCGCGGCCCCGAUGCCGAGGCAUGGAUAGAGCGGCGCUGCGCGCGGCGGCGAUGGGAGAGAAGAAGGAGGGCCGCGGCGGGGGGGACGCGGCGGCCGCGGACGGGGGCCCCGGGGCCGCGGCCAGUCGGGCGCUGCAGCAGUGCGGGCAGCUCCAGAAGCUCAUCGACAUCUCCAUCGGCAGCCUGCGCGGGCUGCGCACCAAGUGCGCCGUGUCCAACGACCUCACCCAGCAGGAGAUCCGGACCCUGGAGGCGAAGCUGGUUCGGUACAUUUGCAAGCAGCAGCAAUGCAAGCUGAGUGUGGCUCCUGGCGAGAGGACCUCAGAACUCAACAGCUACCCUCGCUUCAGUGACUGGCUGUGUACCUUCAAUGUGAGGCCGGAGGUGGUGCAGGAGAUCCUCAGCGAGCUCACACUGGAUGCCCUGCUGGACAUGAACGAGGUCAAGGUGAAGGAGACGCUGCGGCGCUACGGGGCCAACGCCGAGGAGUGUGGCCGCCUGCAGUACGCCCUCGCCUGCCUGCGGAAAGUGACAGGUCUGGGAGGGGAGCACAAAGAUGACUCAGGCUGGAGUUCAUUGGACGCCCGGCGGGAAAGUGGCUCGGGGCCUUCCGCGGACACCCUCCCGCCAGCCGGCCCGCCCUGGCCCCCAGGGAGCACCCAGCUGGGCAGAAUGGGCAGCGGUGCCCAGGGCCCACGCUCCGUCUCCGUGUCGGCUCUGCCCACCUCGGACUCCCCGACCCCAGGCCCCUGCGAGGGCCUCGCGGACACCUGUAUCCCCCUGCACGCCAGCGGCCGGCUGACCCCCCGCGCCCUGCACAGCUUCAUCACCCCGCCGACCACGCCCCAGCUGCGAAGGCACACCAAGCUGAAGCCACCGCGGACGCCGCCCCCGCCCAGCCGCAAGGUCUUUCAGCUGCUGCCCAGCUUCCCCACGCUCACCCGGAGCAAGUCCCAUGAGUCUCAGCUGGGGAACCGCAUUGACGAGGUCUCCCCAAUGAGGUUUGAUCUCCCGUACGGAUCCCCACAGAUGGUACGAAGGGACAUCGGGCUGUCGGUGACUCACAGGUUCUCCACCAAGUCUUGGCUGUCGCAGGUCUGCCACGUGUGCCAGAAGAGCAUGAUGUUUGGAGUGAAAUGCAAGCACUGCAGAUUGAAGUGUCACAACAAGUGUACAAAAGAAGCCCCUGCCUGUAGAAUAUCCUUCCUUCCACAACCUAGGCUUCGGAGGACAGAAUCUGUCCCCUCGGACAUCAACAACCCGGGGGAUAGAGCAGCUGAGCCCCAUUUCGGAACCCUCCCCAAAGCACUGACAAAGAAGGAGCACCCUCCAGCCAUGAACCACCUGGACUCCAGCAGCAACCCGUCCUCCACCACGUCCUCCACGCCCUCCUCGCCGGCACCCUUCCCGACAUCGUCCAAUCCAUCCAGUGCCACGACGCCCCCCAACCCGUCUCCCGGCCAGCGGGACAGCAGGUUCAACUUCCCAGCUGCCUACUUCAUUCAUCAUAGACAACAGUUUAUCUUUCCAGACAUUUCUGCAUUUCCACAGGCGGCCCCGUCCCCUGAGGCAGCAGACAGUACCCGGCUCGACAACCAGCCAAAAGCAGACGUGUUGGAGGAUCAUGAAGGGGAGGCCGAGGAGACAGAGGCCGGCAAGUCAGAGGCCGAGGACGACGAGGACGAGGUGGACGACUUGCCGAGCUCCCGCCGGCCCUGGCGGGGCCCCAUCUCUCGCAAGGCCAGCCAGACUAGCGUGUACCUGCAGGAGUGGGACAUCCCCUUUGAGCAGGUGGAGCUGGGCGAGCCCAUCGGGCAGGGCCGCUGGGGCCGCGUGCACCGAGGCCGCUGGCACGGCGAGGUGGCCAUCCGCCUGCUGGAGAUGGACGGCCACAACCAGGACCACCUGAAGCUGUUCAAGAAAGAGGUGAUGAACUACCGGCAGACGCGGCAUGAGAACGUGGUGCUCUUCAUGGGGGCCUGCAUGAACCCACCCCAUCUGGCCAUCAUCACCAGCUUCUGCAAAGGACGGACAUUGCACUCAUUUGUGAGGGACCCCAAGACGUCUCUGGACAUCAACAAGACCAGACAGAUUGCUCAGGAGAUCAUCAAGGGCAUGGGAUAUCUACAUGCCAAGGGCAUUGUGCACAAAGAUCUCAAAUCCAAGAACGUCUUCUAUGACAACGGCAAAGUGGUCAUCACAGACUUCGGGCUGUUUGGGAUCUCGGGCGUGGUCCGAGAGGGACGGCGUGAGAACCAGCUGAAGCUGUCACAUGACUGGCUGUGCUACUUGGCCCCGGAGAUUGUCCGCGAGAUGACCCCCGGGAAGGACGAGGACCAGCUGCCAUUCUCCAAAGCUGCUGACGUCUAUGCAUUUGGGACUGUUUGGUAUGAACUUCAAGCAAGAGACUGGCCCUUUAAGAACCAAGCUGCAGAGGCCUUGAUCUGGCAGAUUGGAAGUGGAGAGGGAAUGAAGCGCGUCCUGGCCUCCGUCAGCCUGGGGAAGGAAGUCACUGAGAUCCUAUCUGCCUGCUGGGCUUUCGACCUGCAGGAGAGGCCCAGCUUCACCUUGCUGAUGGACAUGCUGGAGAAACUGCCCAAGCUGAACCGGCGGCUCUCCCACCCCGGCCACUUCUGGAAGUCCGCUGAGCGCUGGCGGAGCCGCUACUACGGGAAAGGACGUUACGGCCACCUGGACUUUAAGAACUCCUUUCCGGUUCUGGAGGAACACAUUAACAGCAGCAAAGUUGUACCCCGGUUCGAAAGGUUUGGCUUGGGCGUCCUGGAGCCCAGUAAUCCAAAGAUGUAGCCAACUUGUGCACUUUUUCUGCCGAUGGCUUUCUCUCUUAAACGCGGUCCUGAAACAUCCCAACAACCGCCAACGACGAAAACGAAAACCCUCUCCGAGACAUCGGUCCACCCUCCCAAGUGCCGCAAACCAGGAACGCAACUCAUCGAUUCAGACCUUUCGUCCACGGAAACACCCGGGCUGGCAAUGGAGCUGCACCUGCUGUUUGUCUUAAAGUGACAUCACCAACAACCAGACCCGCCCUGACAGGCAGCAAACGUUUACACAUACGUCUCUGUGGAGUGAACUCGCUGUUUUACAACAGGUACUAAGAAAAAGUGCUCUGCAGAAGUGGGCUGGCACCACCUGCCAGGCUGGUGGAAGCGACCCCACCCCCCCUCCCCGGAGGCCCCUGUCGGCAGUGAGAAGGAAGAAAAGCACGGUGACUGUGGCUGUUCUCGGGGUAGGAUGGGGACCACAAGGUUCGACCUGGACUCUGCUUUGGCCCUAAACCCCAUCCGUGGGGAGUCUCCCUCUGUAGGGUUCUCCCCCGUCCUACCGGAAGGACACUGUCCCUUUUUCCUGUGGCAGAGGAAACCCUGGCUAGGAACCAAGCUGGAUUAUGAGGGUCGGGGGUUCCCAGCGAGCUGGGGUUCUCAUUCGGCCCCAGGGAUGCAGCCCCUACCUGCCAGAAAAGUAGAGACGGCUGAAACCCAAAUAACAUCUGGACUGACCCAGUGGUUGGUAGCCAGGGUUUGUACGGCCUGUAGAGAGCUUUUCUUCUCGCGGCUUCCAGGAAGGCAGACGCUAAGGAGCUGGGACUCAUCCGUGUCCCUGGCUCACAUGUGAGCGAAGAGGCUAAGAGCGAAGGCCCAGCCCCACAGCUGUGGACACCAUGAAGGCUUGAUUGGUGAGAAGAAAGAAGGUAGGGGGAGAGAGAAGUGGCAGGCAGUAGGGUCCCUGAGCCCACCCUCCCAGCCACAGGGUGACCUGGCUCUUUGGGAGCCCGUCAGCAGUCAUGCCAAGGUUCGGAACUGCCCACCUCUUCUCCCCCAGCCCUUUUCGAAGUCCUUGCCACUCCUGAGUCUUCCACUGCCCACAUCUGAGUUCUCGGCUGGGACGGGAGGCCCGUGCCCCCCACGCCUUUCAUCUGGACCCACCCGGCCCCCAGUCUUCAGAGCCUUCCGUGAACCGAGUCCGGGCCACUUGCGUACAUUUGCGCCAGAAGGAGGGGCUUGACUGGGGAAAGUCGGUGACGUGAGAGCAUCCUGUCUGUCUUCGUCAGAAGCCGUCACCUAAAGAGAAAAGUUCCAAACGGGAGAGAAGCCUUCAGUGGACGUUACGCCAUGUUAGGCCCCAAACCAGAACUGACCAAGGGUGACGAGGGUGGAGACGUGGUUGGAUUCAGACCCAGAACCUGUGUCCAUGCUCUGAGCCAAGAUGGGGAGGUGUGUGGGCCACCCAUCCCUUUCAUUUAGACUCCCCCAGCAAAGCUCCCAAUCUUCAGAGCCUUCCCUGGAGUCUGGCCACAAUGUCCUGGGAAGUGGGCCGCGGCCUCGAAGUCGUAGGGCCACCUUCCUGUCUCUGGGUCAGAUGCCCCCCGGCCCGAUCCACACUCGCUUGGAGAGCGCAGCUGUGCAGCCGGGCAAGGUAUCCAGGCUCCCGCCCCCCAUGAGCGCCCCAGACCCGAGCUCCUUUCCCUUCCUGGUCGGGGAAGACAGGAGCUGACACCCAGCUAGGGUCAGCCCCGGGUGGCUCUUCCCUCCUCCGUGAGACUGCUGGUCUCAUCCUGUCAUCCCUUGGCCUCCCCCGUGGGCGUCACGCCCGCAGGUCAGUUCAAGAAGCUUUCGUCGAAUACCUACGGUGUCUUAUGCAAGUUCAGGGACCCACGAUGGGAGGCGUCACAGUCCCUGCCCUUAAGGAAUUGACACUUUGCCAGGAACCCUGAAGGAGAGCCGAAGGCCUGGGGGACACCCCCUUCGUCUUCAGGGCCCUGGACGGCCCCCCAGCUCUUGGCCUAGCCUCUGUGCUGCCUGUCAUUUAAAAAAAAAAAGAAAAAAAACGUGGUCCCCUUCUCCUUCCGUCUCUUUAAGUGACUGUGAAUUGAGGUUGGGAACACGUGCUUGUCCUUCUGUGUGCUCUCCCCGUCUGCCAUGGAAACACACGAAGGACGGCAGAUACUGUGAAUUCAGCCCUCACGGCCAGCCGUGAAGGGGACGGAGAAGCUGGGAGGCCCUCCUUGGCGAGAGCUCUGGGGGCUGCGGAGUCCCCAGCGGGGUCUGAGUGGAGCCCAAGCUUUGGUCCUUCUUUACAGCGGGCCCCCAGUCCCCAACGUCCCCUCCCAAACCCUAGGGCCCAUGUCCCCGCUGCCUUUAUUCUCCCAAGCCGCAGUCCCUGGGUCUCCAUCCAACUCGAGAUCCCGAAUCCCAGCAAGCUCCCCGUUAGUCGAGGGCAGUGUAGCGGUGUUGACCUCUCUCGCGUCACCAAAUCCGCGCAGGGCGCUGGAAUCCUGCCCCGUCGUGGCCUUUCUUCUUGUGAUCACAGGGGGCAGCUGUGCGCCCUGUAAGCCUGUAUUGCCGUGGUUCUGUGUUGAUUUGGGGGGGGGGGGGGGGCGGGGUGGAAACACAAAUGUGAAGCCAUUUAGGGAGCUCAUACGAUGCUGCAGUGUUAGCCAGGAUUUCAUCAGUGUGUGUAAAGCCAGCGUCUUCCGUGGCCACAGGCACACGCCUGCUUGUUUUUUGAAUGUGAUGUAAAAUUUGUACAGUAAAAGUUUUUAUAUUUUCUAUCAACUGCAUUUGUCUUCCAGAAAUGCUAUUAAUUUAAAUUAAAACGGUUAGUAUUCAUGAACGUGCUGUCAGCAGUUUUUUGCCACUGGCAAGGACACAUCCUUUGUGCCAGGCCAAGCCUGGGUGUCUGGAGUUUGUGAAUAAAAUUGUACCAAGGUG